UUCAUUCUGCCGUUCAUCCUUGGUUGACAAGAAACUAUUUUCUCUGAUGUAUUGUCACCAUAUUGCCACAAGAGGGGGCAGUAAAUUAAAGUGAUAAAAUGUAGAGAACAUCAAGAAUUAUAGAGAUCGUUCAGCCAAAAAUAAAAAUUGUCAUUAUUUACCAUCAUGUUGUUCCAAACAGACUGGAACUUUUACUGUAAAGAAAAAAAAAUGUAUGCAGUGAAAGUGAAUGGUGACUGAGGAUGUCAGUUCCUAACAUUCUGCCUUAUAUCUCCUGCUGCGUUCCACAGGAGAGAGAAAGUAGUACGGGUUUGUAAGUAAUCCAGCAGUGGUACGGUUAACUCUGCAAAUUACAUCACUGCUUUCCUUUGCAUUCUGAUCAUCCACCCCUCCUCCUUAACUCCUUCGCCCUUCCCCUUCUCAUUGUCUAUGAAAGGAGGGUCUUUCUCUCCCCUGUCCAUUCAGCCGCUGGGCACUGGGACUGUGGUCCAGACCUCACCCUCAAGCCUGUCAUUAUAAUCACUUAGCAGUCACAAAGACCUCCAGCCCUUCACAGGCUCUGUGCACAGUUCCAGUGAGACUUAAUAUUUCACACCACUCUGAGAUGGAGCUUCUAGGUGGCCGAGUGCCCUUCACCCAGUUUCAGGAGGAGAAGUACCAGAUGCUGGAACUGAACCAGCGACUCGAAUCGUACUUAGGCCAUGUGAAGCUUCUGGAGGAGGAAAACAAGCUACUGCGAGAGGAGAUCCACACUCUCAAGAGCAGCAAGGAACCACCGGGUCAGCGCAAAGCUCAAGAGGAGGCUCUCAGCCAGGCCAGGAGGAUGUUGGAGGAGGCCUGGAGGAAGAAAGAUCGUGUGGUAAUGGAAGUGGAAAACUUGAUGGAGGAUAUAGAGGUGGUGAGUAUUCAAAGACAGAAGGCAAAGAAUGCAAAGGCUGAAGCGCAGAGAAAACUCAUGGAGAGCAGGAAGGAGCUGGAAGAAGAACGUAGAGCUCAGAUAUGGCUGAGAGAAAAGUCUGGCCAACUUGAGAAAGACCUCUUGCUACAGAUGCAAGUCCACCAGGAAAACAUGGAAACCUUGCAUGAUUCUCUGAAACAGACAAAGCAAGUCUUGAUGACUCCACAACCCACGCAAACUACCAGCAUCCCAGACCUGGGACAAGAGUACAGCUACAGAGCAGCUCAAGCCUGGCAGGAGGCAACCAACAACUAUCAGAGACUGGUUGGACGCCUGGAAGAAAGUCUAAAUCAAGCCAAAGCUAACAUGGCAAAGAUUCAUCAGGAGAAGAGAGAAAACCAGCAUCAAGUUCAGCAUUUGGCAAAGGAGCUUGAGAGCACUAAGACUAAGAGAGAGAUGUUGGAGAAAAAUGUAGUGCAGCAGAGAGAAGAACAUACACAGGAGCUUCAGUAUCUUCAGGCCCAAGUAGAUGCUCUGGAGCUGGAGAAAGACAGCCUGGGGCAGCAGAUAGACAGCCUGAUGGUGGACAGACAAAAUCUGCUGCAGGUCAAGAUGUCUCUUGGAAUGGAGGUGGCCACAUACAGAGCUUUGCUGGACAGCGAGGGCCAGAGAAUUGACAGACCAACAACAAAAAAGACCAGUUCUGCUUUCUUUUUAGAUGUGCUCUCAAAGCCCACUGGGACCCAGCCAGCCUCACAGACUACUGCUGCUUCCUGCCAUGUCAGCAAUACUGUGUCUACAAGGCACAGAUCAAUCACCUCCUCUCACACUCUGCUGACCAGAGCGACUCCAUCAUGGACCCCGACACGAGGGACUCCACAGAGAACACCGACCAGUACCUCAGUGACAGAAAAGACAAAGGUUCAUAUCUCAGAGCAGACUGAGAAAGCUGCUGAGGAGUCUGUGGAUCAUAUACAGCAAGAGAAAGUCCAUGAAGACAUGGUCCUCAAAACAACACUCCCCGCUGCAGAACCAGAACCACAGCUCAAACCAGAAAAUUCUGAGAUUAAGGAGAAUGAACCAAUACAGUUCAUGAAAGCUCAGAUGGUUGAAUGUAAAACUGAUGCAUCUGCAUUGAUAAGUGCGUCAGCUGACCAACCAAGUAACUUGUCCCAAACUUCAGAGACAGAAAUCUGGGCUGGUCCAUUCACAGAUCCUGCAGGGGAUUCAGAAGAAGGGAAGCAUGAGGACACUGAAGUGUCUUUUGUAAUGGCCCAGAUCUCACGUGCACCUAAGGUUGCUUGUGAAGAAAAUAAAACCAUAGCAGACGAUGAAAAAGAUGAUGCCUGUAAAAUGGAUGUAAGAUCAGAGAACAUCAGUGAAAGCCACACAUUUGCAUAUGGAGAUGCAGAGAACAAUGAUGAUGAUGCAUUAAAAUCUAGCCAUAUCAGUGCAAACAACAGUAUAAUGGGUUCAUCGUUCCUCAAGCAAGGAACUUUAGAUAUGGCUGGUGAUUUUGGCUAUCAUGAAGAUUUAAUGACGGUAGAUAAACAGGACAAUGUGAGCAAUAUUAGUGAAGAGGGAAAAGAGCAAAUGAACAGUGGAACUGAUGCAGCGAUUGAUUCAAUGAAGGAGAUGGAUAGACAGAAAGAAAUUGAACCAGAGAAUGAAAUGAAAGUGGUGAUCCCUGACUCUGAGGAGGAAGAAGAGGAUGAAAUGAACAUUGAUGCUGACACAAAGUUUACAAAAGAAGAUACAAAUGUGACUGAAAUAGAAGAAGAAGAGAUAGAAGUGAUUAAAAGUGACUUUUCUGCGCCGGAUGAAGUUGUAGAUUCUUCCAUGAACAGUGAUCAUCAGGAGAGUUUAGAAAAGACUGUACUGCCAACUGAACCCCAUUCAGAUCAGACAGUAAAUGAAGAAGAUCCUUCGAAACCAGAAGAUUCUGAGAUUAAGGAGAAUGAACCAAUACAGUUCAAAAAAGCUCAGAUGGUUGAAUGUAAAACUGAUGCACCUGCAUUGAUAAGUGCGUCAGCUGACCAACCAAGUAACUUGUCCCAAACUUCAGAGACAGAAAUCUGGGCUGGUCCAUUCACAGAUCCUGCAGGGGAUUCAGAAGAAGGGAAGCAUGAGGACACUGAAGUGUCUUUUGAAAUGGCCCAGAUCUCACGUGCACCUAAGGUUGCUUGUGAAGAAAAUAAAACCAUAGCAAAGGACGAAAAUGAUGACACCUUUGAGAUAGAUGUAAGAUCAGAGAACAUCAGUGAAAGCCACACAUUUGCAUAUGGAGAUGCAGAGAACAAUGAUGAUGAUGCAUUAAAAUCUAGCCAUAUCAGUGCAAACACCAGUAUAAUGGGUUCAUCGUUCCUCGAACAAGGAACUUUAGAUAUGGCUGGUGAUUUUGGCUAUCAUGAAGAUUUAAUGACGGUAGAUAAACAGGACAAUGUGAGCAAUAUUAGUGAAGAGGGAAAAGAGAAAAUGAACAGUGGAACUGAUGCAGCAAUUGAUUCAAUGAAGGAGAUGGAUAGACAGGAAGAAAUUGAACCAGAGAAUGAGAUGAAAGUGGUGAGCCCUGACUCUGAGGAGGAAGAAGAGGAUGAAAUGAACAUUGAUGCUGACACAAAGGUUACAAAAGAAGAUACAAAUGUGACUGAAAUAGAAGAAGAAGAGAUAGAAGUGAUUAAAAGUGACUUUUCUGUGCUGGAUGAAGGUGUAGAUUCUUCCAUGAACAGUGAUCAUCAGGAGAGUUUAGAAAAGACUGUACUGCCAACUGAACCCCAUUCAGAUCAGACAGUAAAUGAAGAAGAUCCUUCGAAACCAGAAGAUUCUGAGAUUAAGGAGAAUGAACCGAUACAGUCCAAAAAAGCUCAGAUGGUUGAAUGUAAAACUGAUGAAUCUGCAUUGAUAAGUGCGUCAGCUGACAAACCAAGUAACUUGUCCCAAACUUCAGAGACAGAAAUCUGGGCUGGUCCAUUCACAGAUCCUGCAGGGGAUUCAGAAGAAGGGAAGCAUGAGGACACUGAAGUGUCUUUUGUAAUGGCCCAGUUCUCACAUUCACCUAAGGUUGCUUGUGAAGAAAAUAAAACCAUAGCAAAGGACGAAAAUGAUGACACCUUUGAGAUAGAUGUAAGAUCAGAGAACAUCAGUGAAAGCCACACAUUUGCAUAUGGAGAUGCAGAGAACAAUGAUGAUGAUGCAUUAAAAUCUAGCCAUAUCAGUGCAAACACCAGUAUAAUGGGUUCAUCGUUCCUCAAGCAAGGAACUUUAGAUAUGGCUGGUGAUUUUGGCUAUCAUGAAGAUUUAAUGAAGGUAGAUACACAUGACAAUGUGAGCAAUAUUAGUGAAGAGGGAAGAGAGCAAAUGAACAGUGGAACUGAUGCAGCGAUUGAUUCAAUGAAGGAGAUGGAUAGACAGGAAGAAAUUGAACCAGAGAAUGAGAUGAAAGUGGUGAGCCCUGACUCUGAGGAGGAAGAAGAGGAUGAAAUGAACAUUUAUGCUGACACAAAGUUUACAAAAGAAGAUGAAUAUUUGACUGAAAUAGAAGAGGAGAUAGAAGUGAUUAAAAGUGACUUUUCUGUGCUGGAUGAAGGUGUAGAUUCUCCCAAGAACAGUGAUCAUCAGGAGAGUUUAGAAAAGACUGUACUGCCAACUGAACCCCAUUCAGAUCAGACAGUAAAUGAAGAAGAUCCUUCGAAACCAGAAGAUACUGAGAUUAAGGAGGAUGAACCGAUACUAUUCACAAAAGCUCAGAUGGUUGAAUGUAAAACUGAUGCAUCUGCAUUCAUAAGUGCGUCAGCUGACCAACCAAGUAACUUGUCCCAAACUUCAGAGACAGAAAUCUGGGCUGGUCCAAUCACAGAUCCUGCAGGGGAUUCAGAAGAAAAGAAGGAUGAGGACACUGAAGUGUCUUUUGUAAUGGCCCAGAUCUCACGUGCACCUAAGGUUGCUUGUGAAGAAAAUAAAACCAUAGCAAAGGACGAAAAUAUUGACAACUCUGAGAUAGAUGUAAGAUCAGAGAACAUCAGUGAAAGUCACACAUUUGCAUAUGGAGAUGCAGAGAACAAUGAUGAUGAUGCAUUAAAAUCUAGCCAUAUCAGUGCAAACACCAGUAUAAUGGGUUCAUCGUUCCUCGAGAAAGGAACUUUAGAUAUGGCUGGUGAUUUUGGCUAUCAUGAAGAUUUAAUGACGGUAGAUAAACAGGACAAUGUGAGCAAUAUUAGUGAAGAGGGAAAAGAGAAAAUGAACAGUGGAACUGAUGCAGCGAUUGAUUCAAUGAAGGAGAUGGAUAGACAGGAAGAAAUUGAACCAGAGAAUGAAAUGAAAGUGGCGAGCCCUGACUCUGAGGAGGAAGAAGAGGAUGAAAUGAACAUUGAUGCUGACACAAAGGUUACAAAAGAAGACACAAAUGUGACUGAAAUAGAAGAAGAAGAGAUAGAAGUGAUUAAAAGUGACUUUUCUGUGCCGGAUGAAGGUGUAGAUUCUUCCAUGAACAGUGAUCAUCAGGAGAGUUUAGAAAAGACUGUACUGCCAACUGAACCCCAUUCAGAUCAGACAGUAAAUGAAGAAGAUCCUUCAAAACCAGAAGAUUCUGAGAUUAAGGAGAAUGAACCGAUACAGUCCAAAAAAGCUCAGAUGGUUGAAUGUAAAACUGAUGAAUCUGCAUUGAUAAGUGCGUCAGCUGACAAACCAAGUAACUUGUCCCAAACUUCAGAGACAGAAAUCUGGGCUGGUCCAUUCACAGAUCCUGCAGGGGAUUCUGAAAAAGGCAAGGACGAGGACACUGAAGUUUCUUUUGAAAUGGCCCAGAUCUCACGUGCACCUAAGGUUGCUUGUGAAGAUAAUAAAACCAUUGCAGAGGGCGAAAAUAAUGACGCCUUUGAGAUGGAUGUAAGAUCAGAGAACAUCAGUGAAAGCCACACAUUUGCAUAUGGAGAUGCAGAGAACAAUGAUGAUGAUGCAUUAAAAUCUAGCCAUAUCAGUGCAAACACCAGUAUAAUGGGUUCAUCGUUCCUCGAACAAGGAACUUUAGAUAUGGCUGGUGAUUUUGGCUAUCAUGAAGAUUUAAUGAAGGUAGAUACACAGGACAAUGUGAGCAAUAUUAGUGAAGAGGGAAAAGAGCAAAUGAACAGUGGAACUGAUGCAGCGAUCGAUUCAGUGAAGGAGAUGGAUAGACAGGAAGAAAUUAAUGCUGACAAAAACAAGAAAAAAGAACAUGAAAAUGUGACUGAAAUAGAAGAAGAAGAGAUAGAACUGAUUAAAAGUGACUUUUCUGUGCUGGAUGAAGGUGUAGAUUCUUCCAUGAACAGUGAUCAUCAGGAGAGUUUAGAAAAGACUGUACUGCCAACUGAACCCCAUUCAGAUCAGACAGUAAAUGAAGAAGAUCCUUCGAAACCAGAAGAUACUGAGAUUAAGGAGGAUGAACCGAUACAGUCCAAAAAAGCUCAGAUGGUUGAAUGUAAAACUGAUGCAUCUGCAUUGAUAAGUGCGUCAGCUGACCAACCAAGUGACUUGUCCCAAACUUCAGAGACAGAAAUCUGGGCUGGUCCAAUCACAGAUCCUGCAGGGGAUUUUGAAAAAGGCAAGGACGAGGACACUGAAGUUUCUUUUGAAAUGGCCCAGAUCUCAUGUGCACCUAAGGUUGCUUGUGAAGAUAAUAAAACCAUUGCAGAGGGCGAAAAUAAUGACGCCUCUGAGAUGGAUGUAAGAUCAGAGAACAUCAGUGAAAGCCACACAUUUGCAUAUGGAGAUGCAGAGAACAAUGAUGAUGAUGCAUUAAAAUCUAGCCAUAUCAGUGCAAACACCAGUAUAAUGGGUUCAUCGUUCCUCGAGCAAGGAACUUUAGAUAUGGCUGGUGAUUUUGGCUAUCAUGAAGAUUUAAUGACGGUAGAUAAACAGGACAAUGUGAGCAAUAUUAGUGAAGAGGGAAAAGAGCAAAUGAACAGUGGAACUGAUGCAGCGAUUGAUUCAAUGAAGGAGAUGGAUAGACAGGAAGAAAUUGAACCAGAGAAUGAAAUGAAAGUGGUGAGCCCUGACUCUGAGGAGGAAGAAGAGGAUGAAAUGAACAUUGAUGCUGACACAAAGGUUACAAAAGAAGAUACAAAUGUGACUGAAAUAGAAGAAGAAGAGAUAGAAGUGAUUAAAAGUGACUUUUCUGUGCCGGAUGAAGGUGUAGAUUCUCCCAAGAACAGUGAUCAUCAGGAGAGUUUAGAAAAGACUGUACUGCCAACUGAACCCCAUUCAGAUCAGACAGUAAAUGAAGAAGAUCCUUCGAAACCAGAAGAUACUGAGAUUAAGGAGAAUGAACCGAUACUAUUCAAAAAAGCUCAGAUGGUUGAAUGUAAAACUGAUGAAUCUGCAUUGAUAAGUGCGUCAGCUGACCAACCAAGUAACUUGUCCCAAACUUCAGAGACAGAAAUCUGGGCUGGUCCAUUCACAGAUCCUGCAGGGGAUUCAGAAGAAGGGAAGCAUGAGGACACUGAAGUGUCUUUUGAAAUGGCCCAGAUCUCAUGUGCACAUAAAGUUGCCUGUGAAGAAAAUAAAACAUUAGCAAAGGAUGAAAAAGAUGAUGCCUCUGAGAUGGAUGUAAGAUCAGAGAACAUCAGUGAAAGUCACAUAUUUGCAUAUGGAGAUGCAGAGAACAAUGAUGAUGAUGCAUUAAAAUCUAGCCAUAUCAGUGCAAACAACAGUAUAAUGGGUUCAUCGUUCCUCGAGCAAGGAACUUUAGAUAUGGCUGGUGAUUUUGGCUAUCAUGAAGAUUUAAUGACGGUAGAUAAACAGGACAAUGUGAGCAAUAUUAGUGAAGAGGGAAAAGAGCAAAUGAACAGUGGAACUGAGGCAGCGAUUGAUUCAGUGAAGGAGAUGGAUAGACAGGAAGAAAUUAAUGCUGACAAAAAUAAGAAAAAAGAACAUGAAAAUGUGACUGAAAUAGAAGAAGAAGAGACAGAAGUGAUUACGAUUAAAAGUGACUUUUCUGUGCUGGAUGAAGUUGUAGAUUCUUCCAUGAACAGUGAUCAUCAGGAGAGUUUAGAAAAGACUGUACUGCCAACUGAACCCCAUUCAGAUCAGACAGGAAAUGAAGAAGAUCCUUCGAAACCAGAAGAUACUGAGAUUAAGGAGGAUGAACCAAUACAGUUCAAAAAAGCUCAGAUGGUUGAAUGUAAAACUGAUGCACCUGCAUUGAUAAGUGCGUCAGCUGACAAACCAAGUAACUUAUCCCAAACUUCAGAGACAGAAUUCCGGGCUGGUCCAUUCACAGAUCCUGCAGGGGAUUCAGAAGAAGGGAAGCAUGAGGACACUGAAGUGUCUUUUGAAAUGGCCCAGUUCUCACAUUCACCUAAGGUUGCUUGUGAAGAAAAUAAAACAGUAGCAAAGGACGAAAAUGAUGACACCUUUGAGAUAGAUGUAAGAUCAGAGAACAUCAGUGAAAGUCACACAUUUGCAUAUGGAGAUGCAGAGAACAAUGAUGAUGAUGCAUUAAAAUCUAGCCAUAUCAGUGCAAACACCAGUAUAAUGGGUUCAUCGUUCCUCGAGCAAGGAACUUUAGAUAUGGCUGGUGAUUUUGGCUAUCAUGAAGAUUUAAUGACGGUAGAUAAACAGGACAAUGUGAGCAAUAUUAGUGAAGAGGGAAAAGAGCAAAUGAACAGUGGAACUGAUGCAGCGAUUGAUUCAGUGAAGGAGAUGGAUAGACAGGAAGAAAUUGAACCAGAGAAUGAAAUGAAAGUGGUGAGCCCUGACUCUGAGGAGGAAGAAGAGGAUGAAAUGAACAUUGAUGCUGACACAAAGGUUACAAAAGAAGAUACAAAUGUGACUGAAAUAGAAGAAGAAGAGAUAGAAGUGAUUAAGAUUAAAAGUGACUUUUCUGUGCUGUAUGAAGGUGUAGAUUCUUCCACGAACAGUGAUCAUCAGGAGAGUUUAGAAAAGACUGUACUGCCAACUGAACCCCAUUCAGAUCAGACAGGAAAUGAAGAAGAGUCUUUCCCUGAAGAAGCUGUGGGAGAAGAAGAGAACCAAGGUGAAGAUGAUGACUCCCCAAACAUAGCCUUUUGUAGAACCGAUCCUGGUGAAUGUGACAGCUACAGUCCGGAGAACACGCUAGCAGACACUCGGCCCUUGAUUCAUCAUAAGAGUGAUGAGGAAACAAAAGGGAAUGUGCAAGCCUCACACCUCAUUGGUGAGACUAGUGAUAGUGAGGGUGAGAAAGAAAGAAUGGAAGGAGCUAACUUGAAAGAGGGGGCAUCCAAACACUUCAAUACCAUGGAGGAUCUCACAGAAGAACCAGACAUGGAGGUCACUGGAGAGAUGGUGACAGAAGAUAAUGUUUCUAAAGAAGAAGUGCAAGACAGUGAUAUGACAUGCAUAAAGCCUCAAAGUGACUCUGAAGUCCACGAAAUAAUUGAGCUCAAGGGAAACCUGGAAGAACAUAGUGAUUUUAUUACAGAGAUGAGGAAAGCUGAAGAUCAUGAUGUCAAAGCUUAUGAGCAACCACAACUGACUGAAAACCAGCAUAUGCACACUGAACAGCCUGAGGAUGAAACAGUCCAUUCAUAUGAAAGUCAAGAACAUCCAAUCUCAUUCCCUGAAACAUCUCAUCAACUUAAAAACCUCUUUGAAACUCCAUCAACUCUGACCGUGUUCCAAGAUGCAGCUGCAACCAAAAAUUCAGAAGAUCUUAUGGAAGCUUCCAUGCACACCAACGUGGAUCUCAAGCUGAGUCGCUCUUUGGAGAGUAAAAUAAGUAGUCAACCUGACAGUAUGACAUCAGACAUUCCCAACUCAGACCAGGAAGAGGGCAAUAGCUCAGAAGAUGAGUCUCCAAAUGCCAGCCAGUGUUUCCAGAGCACAAGCCUUUUAACAGUGGCUACUCUUAAAAAGCUGCCAUUCACCUUCACUAAUGGAGUCUCCAAGGCUGACUCUGUGUCUGACGUCAAUUAUUUGCCUGAAGAAGCACUUAGUAAGGAGAAGAACACUGAAGAACCUAAAACCCCUCAGACUGAUGACUGGGAGAAUUCUGACAUCUGGAGCAAAAGCAUGAAUGCUCCAGAUGCGACUGAGAUCAUGCAUGCAUCAAGUAUGGAUGAAAAUACAGGCGUUUUCCCAGUUAAUGAGACUGAGAGUUUAGAAAUCUCAAACAAAACGGCAGAAAACAUCUUUGGAAAAUUUGAAGAACAAUUUGAAAGGACAUUGGAGAGCUUUUCAGAAAAAGUGCUGACUGUGAUGGACUGUGAGAGCACCAGUUCGGGAGAGAAUGAGGAAUUUCAGUCAAUGGAAAAGAAAAGUGAGAUUCAUAGCUUUUUCAGCACUAGUAUGAAGGAGGAUUUUUGGAGUCAGGGGAAAUUGGAGAUGGUAGCUACCUAUGACCCUGCCAAGACUGAAGACUUAGACCAGGCCAUGGUCUUUGGAGAGGAGUGGAGAGAUAUGGAAAGAAUGCCAACAGCAAAUCUAAGUCCUAAAGAAAAGAUGGCCAUUCUCGAAGGACAGGAGGAGAAGCACAAAGAUAAAAAGCCAGCACAAGGCAAGAUGGUCCUAUCUGAUGACUCUGUUGAUGAGGGAGAUUCCUGGUCCUCUGGUGAUGAGUAACAGCUUUGUCUGUCUGUCUGUCUGUCUCAUUUUAGAAAAAAAAAAUGUAGUUCUCAUUAGAUGGACAGAUUUAUUACUGAGACGAAAUGAAAAUUCAUGGUGGAAUACAGCAACAUCAAACACAAAGUACACAAAAAAACACCUUCAUACAUUCACAGAAAUUAAACCAGACAAGAUUGCUCAGCGCAGUGUGUGUAAUUGUAGAAUGUGAUCUCUGUAAUAGGAGUUAACAGCUGUCGUCUCGGGAUAGGAAGGCGUUGUACUCCGUGAAAGCCACGGGCUAGAAGGAUUCUUAAAGAUUUACUAUAAAGCUUUUCUUCAUGCUUGUUGUUUCUGUGCCAAUUAGACCUGCAGUCAGUGUUAAAAAUAUAAUACUUUUGUGUAUUUUCACUGAUCUAUGUUAUUAUGGAAAAACCACAACAUUUUGGAUUAAAACUUCAAAAUUAUACAAUUCUGAAAAGAUUAAUAAACAGUAAAAUAGCAAAUCAUU